AUGGCGCAUCACCACAGAAACCCAUCAAUAGCAUCUUCUACCAAGACUGUCACGCCGACAGACAGCUGGGAGUCGUACUUUGACUCGUGGAGGUUGGAGGAUGGCGACGUGUCCGACAUGGCACCACCCCCUGCGCCCACCAUUAUUGAACCGUUGAUAGUAGAUGACGAACUCUACCACCCGGAGAGCCUCCUGAACGCCCGAAUCCAGCUGGAUCGCAACCUGGGUUUGGAUCUGGACAGGGAUUUCCAGGAGUAUCACCACGACUACCGGGACAGGUGCUCGCCCAAGGUGUUUGGGAGAUUGAACGAUGCCAACCCGCGGGAUAUUGUCAAGGCCACAAUCGAAGAGAUCGUCGCCCAGUGA